AUGUCUCGCGUCACUGCUCCCAUGUCCCAAAUCUCAAGAGCCCUCAGCGCCUCAUCGUCUGGCGCUGCAGCCCGCUCCUCAAUCCUCGAUGGCUCUGCGCACAGCGCCGGCGCGGCCCUGAUGCCAAAGUAUGCAGAACUGUUGCGCAACAGGAGCAGCGAGCACUCUGAUUCGUCUCGCGGCCUCACCACAACCCACCGACCUACACCUCAGCCCUCACUCGCCAACCGCUCAAAACCACUGAUGCAGACCUUCCACUCCUCAUCGUCAUCCGCCCAAACAUCCACACACAUUGACGCCGCUGUCCUGCCGUCAAUGAGCGCCCUCGUCGGCGCAUCAAAAGCCGACCUGGGCCCGCGGGUGCCUCUCCUCCCGGACAACUAUGGCGCUGCCCAUAGCCCCAUUGCUUCUGAUGCGACUGCCCGUCCUGAGGUGACCAUUGUGGCUGCCAAUCCUGACAACGUUGUUCCCGGGGCGCCUAUGUCGGGAGUCGAGGGGAUCAGCUUGGAUGGAAUUGAGCUCAAGUUCAUGUAUGAUGAGGGCGGCCAGCCGCAGAAGGAGGAGGGCGGUAUGAUUCGCGAUAUUUGGAAGGGCAUGGUGGAGGAUGUGUUUGGCGGUGCGCCCAAGAAGGCUAUUUGA